GAGAAAAAAGAAAGUUUAAAGAAUCUCUGACAGUUACGGUUAUGGCGACGGCGAAUAUACGCGACGGCGUUGUUUCCGAUCAAUUUGACUAUGAAAUCUGGGCUCCGAUCACGAAAUCUACACUAAUCGAGCAAGGACUUUGGGAUGUUGUCGUGAACGGAGUCCCGCAGGAUCCAUCGAAGAAUCCAGAGUUAGCGGCGACGAUUCAACCCGAAGAGCUUUCGAAAUGGAGAGAUUUCGUGGUGAAAGACGCUAAAGCGCUUCAGAUCUUGCAAUCUUCUCUCACGGAUUCUGUUUUCAGGAAGACUCUCUCUGCUUCUUCGGCUAAAGAUGUUUGGGAUUUGCUUCGAAAAGGUAACGAACAAGCAACGAUACGUAGAUUAGAACAAGUAACGAUACGUCGAUUAGAGAAGCAAUUAGAAGAUCUCAAAAUGGUUGACAAAGAAUCUGGCAGUUCCUACUUGGAUAAGGCUUUGGAAAUCCUUGAACGAUUGGGCCGUGCGAAACUUGAGAAAUCUGAUUACGAGAUUUGCAAGAAUGUGUUCACGACACUCUCUGGGUCAUUCGAUGGUCUAGAUUCAAUGUUGGAGGAACUCAUUGAUGUUCAUAAGAUGACUAGUAAGAGUCUUGUUGAGUAUUUUUACUAUCGUGUACAUGAAUCAUCGACAGAGGAAGCUAUCUUUGGACUAUUGAAGGAUUUGAGGCUUAAAUCAAAGUCUGAGAAGUGGUGUGGCUUGUGCUACAAGAACAAUCACAACCAAGAAGACUGCAAAUUUAGGAUUCAUACAGAUAAGGAGGAGAAAGAAGAUGAAAUCGUAGUUGAUUAUCGUCUGGAAACGGUACCAAAUUUAGGGGCAAAAACAUAUGAUGAUGAUAUUUGGAUAAUACACAAGAUGGCCCCGAUUAACAUGACUCCAUAUGUGAAGUAUUUCACCACUCUAGACAGGACAUUCAAAGCUACGGUUGGAACGGUCGAUGGAACAGUUCUUUUGGUUGAAGGAAAAGGAGAUGUUAAGAUCAGGAUGAAGGAAGGGAAGAAGAAGACGAUCAGGAAUGUGAUUUUUGUUCCCGGGCUCAACAGAAACGUGUUGAGUUUUGGUAAGAUGGUAUCAAAACGCUACUCAAUCUCAACGGGAAUGCAAGGCGAAUGCAUUGUCUGCGAUCGGGGUGAGAAUAAAUUGGGGGAUGCUAUGUGGAUGACGGAUGAAACAGAGAUGGCUUUGCGUUUGAAGGUGAUUGAAGGUAAACUCACAUAUUAAGUAGCUACUUUUCAUGAUGGCUACAAUUGGUAGUAGGCUUAACUCGUCAGGUGGACAUAUCAGUCUUCUAUGUGGUCUUUUUUAGUUUGGUUUUAUUCCGUUUUCAGUUUGUUCGAGCUAAUACAUAUUCUGCUACUGCAGUAUGAAUUAGUCUUUAACCUAGGAAGGCUUGGUUUUAAUCUAGUUUUUCAAAAACUAUUUUUGUCAUCACUGUGCAAGUACUAUUGUCAAGUUUUGUUAAUGGUGAGAAGGA